UCAUCAACAAAAAGCAAGAAAAAAAAUCUCCCAUGCCUAAUCCCCAUAUCCCUGAAUAAUAUAAUAUCUAUAUACACAACCUAUACAUAUACACAGAUCUGUUCACUUCUACCACCAAAUCACCGCCACAUUUUUCAUUUCUUUGAUGACGUCACCCUCUAUUUAACCCCCCCUCCCACCUAUACAUAUAAAAAAAACUGUAUCUAUAUCUGUAACUGUCCGCCUAUACAUACACAAAAAACCUGUAACUAUAUCUAUAGAUCUAUUUAUCUACUUAUAACAACGAAAUAACCGUUAUGCAUUUCCAUUACAGUUUCAGUAUCUGAUUGAGUUUUAGGAAUUAACUAAUUCCGUACGGAUGACGUCACCGCCGGUUGAGAAUUCCGGUGACCGUCGGCCGGAAAACUGUUGUAAUCCGGUGAAGAAGCCAGGACCGGUAUCAAUUGAUCAUGUAUUAUCGGCAUUAGGCGAAACGAAAGAAGAACGCGAAACACGGAUACGUAGUUUGUUUAAUUUCUUCGAUACAGCAAACGCAGGUUAUUUGGAUUCCGUACAGAUAGAAUCAGGUUUAUCAGGUUUACAAAUUCCAGCGGAUUAUAAGUAUGCGAAAGAAUUGCUUAGGGUUUGCGAUGCGAAUCGAGACGGUAGAGUCGAUUUUCACGAGUUUAAGAGAUAUAUGGAUGAUAAGGAGCUUGAAUUGUAUAAUAUUUUUCAAGCUAUUGAUGUUGAACAUAAUGGAUGUAUUUUACCUGAAGAACUUUAUGAUGCUCUUCUUAAGGCUGGGAUAGAACUUGAUGAUGAUGAACUAGCUAGUUUUGUGGAGCGUGUCGACAAAGAUAACAACGGCAUCAUAACUUUUGAAGAAUGGCGAGAUUUUCUUUUUCUUUAUCCUCACGAAGCUACAAUUGUAAACAUCUACCAAUAUUGGGAACGGGUUUCACUUGUUGAUAUAGGAGAACAAGCUGUAAUACCAGCUGGUAUUAGUAAACAUGUUCACGCAAGCAAGUAUUUGAUUGCUGGUGGGGUGGCAGGAGCCGCUUCCCGUACUGCAACUGCCCCUCUUGACCGCCUCAAAGUGAUGCUUCAAGUUCAGACUACUAAGGCUUCAGUCGGUCCUGCAAUCAAAUGUAUAUGGAAGGACGGUGGGAUUUUAUCGUUUUUUAGAGGUAAUGGAUUAAAUAUUUUGAAAGUCGCCCCUGAGAGUGCAAUGAAGUUCUACACUUACGAGUUGCUGAAGGAUUUCAUCGGAGGAGGAGAUAAGGAUGAUAUAGGAACUUCUGGGCGGCUCCUUGCUGGUGGUUUGGCUGGGGCGGUUGCACAAACUGCUAUUUAUCCAAUGGAUUUAGUAAAGACCCGAUUACAGACUUAUGUUUGUCAUGAUGGAAAGGCUCCUAAUUUGGGGAAGCUAUCAAAGGAUAUAUGGAUUAAAGAGGGACCUCGGGCUUUUUACAAGGGAAUUAUUCCUUCACUUCUUGGAAUUGUUCCUUAUGCAGGAAUUGAUCUGGCGGUGUAUGAAACGUUGAAAGAGAUGACAAGAACAUAUAUUUUCAUUGAUAAGGACCCUGGACCUUUAGCGCAAUUGGGUUGUGGGACAGUUUCGGGUGCCCUUGGAGCCACCUGCGUGUACCCAUUGCAGGUUGUCAGGACAAGGAUGCAAGCACAUCAAGCUGAAGGAAGUACUGCAUACAAAGGGAUGACAGACGUCUUCAUGAGAACCUAUAGAAAUGAAGGGGUUCGGGGUUUUUACAAAGGAAUUUUUCCAAAUCUUUUGAAAGUCAUACCAGCAGCAAGCAUCACAUAUAUGGUUUAUGAAGCAACGAAAAAGACGCUAGAUCUUGAGUGAUGCAAAUGAUGAUGACGAUGAAAAUUAGAAUAAGAAAGUAGAUGAUUAGGUGAUGCCCAUUGUUAAGUUACAUGAUGAUUGAUGAUAAUAGGUUUUCUACUUCCCACUUGGAAAGAUGGGGGAAUUUUGUAAAGGGAAGAAGCAUAUUAAUCAAGGGGUACACCUGGAGCAUUUUAUUCUUGUUCCAUGUAUAUGUUAUGUUUCUCGAGAUUAUGUCCACAAAUCGAGUAUAUUGGACUUGCCAAUUCUUUGCUACAUCGAUACAUGUUGAAUUGUGAAAUGCUUAACUUUAAAGGAUUGUUUAAUCUUGUUUCGAA